CGGCACGGGUGCGCGCACGCUCAGAGUUGGUUGUAGGAAAUGCGGACACGGCGAAAUGUCAGCAGGGCCGUGUCUAUCUCUUACAGGGAUGCUACCCGUUUGACAUUUCAGAUGGUUUCCUGACAUUUUUAAAACGCAACGCACAAGUGUACUCAAUGCCAACAGUGAUACGGAUCUGUUGGCGCGCGGAUGAGUGGAAACCCCGUACGGAGCGGCAGUGUUUAGCGUUAGCUAACACCGUUAGCCCAGCAGCACACCACCCUCCACACUCAGAACCCCAACCGUACUGUAGGCUUUAUCAUUAGAACUUUUCUACCGGCCCAGCGGCUUACCAGCGGCCUGUCUCGCUCGCGCCUUUACAUCCGUUCAGCGGCGGCGGGGGGGCGGUCACGGUAACCGGAGCAGACAGGAGCCCCCCCGGGACGGACGGACGGACGGACGGAUCCCACAGCUGCGGUUGUAUCAGUGAGGAGCAGCUAUGGCUGAAAUCACCGCCCUCACUCCCUCCCCUCCCAGUAUGGCUGACCCAUCAGUCCCUGCUCCCUCCAGCCCACAGCCUCUCCCCUCAGAAUCUCCCAUCCCAAAAUCAUCUCUCUACGGGGACCGAGCCGUGAUGGGAAACCCAACAUUACAGGCAAGCGGAAAAAUCUCUUCUUCUUGGGAGAGCACACCAGGCAAAAACAGUGCCGCUCUCUCUUCAACAGCAUCAGUGAGCGCUGCUGGUCCUCCUGAAGAGGGACUAGCUGCUCCAGAUGGAGAGAGAAAUGGGAAAAAUGAUUUAAUCGGCCAAACGGAGCGACACACUGAAGCACAAGAGCAACAGAUGCCAUCAUCGCCUGAACUUAAUCCCAGUCCUAAUCUCUAUCCCAACGUUCAAGUCAGCCAGACUUCCAGUCCUGCUCCCCCCGUGGACAUUCCUCCUCAGUUUACUCCUCCUGCUCCCAUUUCCAAUCCGGCCCCCUCUUCACAAGACUCCAGGCAAACAGAAGCACAAACAGUCCCCCAGCACGAGUCCACCCAGAACCCCGAACCCAACACUCCCAGCACUGCCAAGGUGACCCCUGAGCCCCCCUGCACACCCUCCAGGGCUGAGCCCCCAGCCGUACUGGUGCAGGAGUCCGCUUGGUCAGUGGUUCUGCCCUCUGCUUACUCGCGACCAGCCCCGGACACGCUCAGCUACCUGGAGUCAGCCAGCCUAAUGUCGGGCACGCUGGAGUCUCUGUCGGGGCUCGGCGAGGACGGCAGCUCUUUUGGGUCAGACUCGGAGAUCAACGGUCCAGUGAGGCGUACUGAUAAAUAUGGCUUCCUGGGAGGAGCACAGUAUAAUGAGGGCAGUGAGGCGGACAUCGCUGUGGCCGUGGCAAGGCAGAGAGAGAUGAAAUGGUUGGACAUGUUCAGAAACUGGGACAAAUGGAUAUCUCGACGCUUUCCAAAGGUGAAAGUGCGCUGCAGGAAAGGAAUCCCCUCCUCACUCAGAUGUAAAGCCUGGCAGCUGCUCUCCAACAGCCAGGAGCUCCUUGAGUCCAAUCCUGGAAAGUUUGAGGAAUUGGAGAAAGACCAGGGAGAUCCGAAGUGGUUGGACAUCAUAGAGAAGGACUUGCACAGGCAGUUCCCAUUCCACGAGAUGUUUGCUGCUCGGGGAGGACAUGGGGUUGGGUACCAAAACCCGCUGGACGGAGAUAUUUUUUUCUCUCUUCUGAGGAGAGUUUGUCCCAUGGCUUACCGUCACCUGAAGAAAUUUAAGAUCGACCCCAUCUUGUACAUGACAGAGUGGUUUAUGUGCAUUUUCUCCCGUACGCUGCCUUGGUCUUGUGUCCUGCGUGUCUGGGACAUGUUCUUCUGUGAAGGAGUGAAGAUUGUGUUCAGGGUGGGUCUGGUGUUACUCAAGCAGAUGUUGGGGUCUGUGGAUAAGCUCCGUGAGAUACAGGGCAUGUACGAGACCAUGGAGCGACUGAGGAACAUCCCACCUGAAGCUAUCAGGGAGGAAGUUCUGGUGCAAGAGGUGAUCACUCUGUCUGUGACGGAGGCCCUCAUUGAGAGGGAGUGCAGUAUUCAGGUGCGCAAGUGGCGGGAAUCUCGUGGAGAGUUGACUCACCAACCGGGUCGCCGUUUACACGGAACACGGGCCAUCUUCGAGCAGAAACACCGGGCUGCUGCAAUCAGUUCUGGUGGCAGCCUGUUGUUCCUGGGCGGUCAUGUCCCUCCCCCUGGACCCUUACGUGCAUCAUCAAGCCUCCUGUCACUUUCUGGUCUUAGAAAGUCCAAGAUGCCAUUCCACUCAAAGAACAAGAAGGGCUCCACUUCUGGCAGCUUGGGCCAGGAUAUCGUCCCACUGCAGCCCCUUGGGGGCGGCAUCAGUGCAGUGGCCUCAAAACCUCCUGUGCCAUCUGCCUCUAACGCUGGAGCCAGUGUGCGGCCGCCAGUGCCACAUGGGCCCAGUCCGCUAGCUACAACAUCAUCUACUACCACACCACCGGCUCCAACUGCACACGCGUCCAGCACACGUAUGCUCCAGCUGUCACCUAAAGUCGUCUCUGAACAUAUCACCCCCACAAUCCCAUCGCCCACCGCAAACAACGCCCCAUUACCACCUUGCCCAGAAACCGCAAAAACGGCAGUGGAGGAAGAUGGAAAAAAGAAAAAGAAAACCAAGGAGGACAAGAAGCGAGAGAAAGAGGAGGAGAAGCAAAAAUCACAGGAGAAGAAAGAGAAGGAGAAAACCGAUAAAGAAAGGAUGAAGAAGAAGGAGAAAGCUGAGAAAGAGAAGAAAAAGGAGAAGGGGGGUAAGAAAAAAGACAAAGGGGGAGGAGGAGAGACUGAGGAGAAGAACGGAGCUGCAGCAGCAAAAGAUUUGGCCUAAUUCCUGCCCCGUCUCUCGUUCAGCAAGAGGAAAAGCAUGAGAAUGGCGGAAAAAAGAGGACAAGGAAUCAAAACGGCUGUAGACUGGUGCAAAGAGUAAGAGAGACAGAGAGCGAAUCACCUGGAAUGUCCAUUUCAUCUCAAGUACUCAUUUCACAAGAAUAAGUGGAUCACUGCAUCUGCCCCACGUCUCUCAUCAUCUCAUCUGCACUUAAAUGCAAAGGCAUUUAUUACUUAGCCUUUUAUUAGUUUUUUUGAAGGUGGAUAUCUGAAUUGAUAAGAUCAGCCAUAUAAUUAGUAGUCAAUUCUAUUGUACUGGGUGCCAUGGUGUACAUAGACCUCUAGUGCCAUCUGUGCCAGUCUAGCCCCACAAUCCCCCUCUGCCCAUCACCCGAGAGGUGUCUCAACCAGAAUACCUGAAUAAAACUCUUCUGUGGCGAGAAAAGCAUGGCGGUGACUAGUAAUAACUUAUCUCUGAGUGUUCUGGAGGACCUAUUUAUUCAUUGUACUGUUGAUUGUUAGAGUGUGUUUGUGUGCUCUUGUAUGUCUGUGCCUUGGCAGUGUAGUGAAUGGUGUCACAGUCUCGUGCUGCAGACCGGUCUCGUCUUUCUUCUCUCUUUUCAAUCUCUCAAAGGAGCUCGUCCUUACAGUCGCGCUCUUGUAAGAGGAAUUAAGUGUUAGGGGGAGUGGAGGAGCUAAAUUGAACUGGGGGGGAAAGGUACGUUCUCCUUUAAAACAGUGGAAAGAGCCACUUUUAACUAUCCAUUUUAAAAGAAUUUGAAUAUCCAAGUCAACAUAAUUACUAAAAGGAAAUUAAAACUGUUCAUGGUUCGUGUACCUGUCUCUCUCCGCUCUAAGACUCUCAAUCCAUCAUUACAUCAGCCUCACCUAAAAUGUCCUUUUGACGCCAAAGAGCUUAUUUGAUGUUUUUCUUUCUUCUUUUUCAAAUAAAUUGCAUCACAUAAAGUGCAGUAAACGUUCAAUUCUGCCAAGCGUGUCAGUCACUCCAGAUAUCUGUGUGGUUUGAUGUUGAUGAUCUUGAUGUUGAUAUGGAUGUAGAGUUCAGACUAGGAUUUUAAUAAAUGUAUGCACUGAGGCCUGUUGAUUUUCACCACUAACCUUGAUCGGUUUGUUAAUGUAGGGCACUUGCUAAUCCAGCUCACAUGACUCCUUAAGUCUGCGCCUUGUUGGAUGGGAAGGGUUUGGUGCAGCACUGUAGCAUUAACCUUUGACCUUUGAAGCUCUUGACUUCAAGCUGUAAUAUUUUGAUGUAUAAACUAUUAAUUUAAUAGGAUGAAACCAUAUACUAUCUAUUACAGCUACUAUUAGUUUUGUUUUGAAUUAGAUUUUUUAUUUUUCUCUGCAAGUAUGCAGAGGCCUGGUAGACUGGAAUGGCAGUGAGCUUGGUUUUAGGAGAGCGAUGUAUUUAAUCACAGGAUUUAUUUUUCGUUUAUUUUUAAGCGCUGAAAAUUAUUUUUGCACAUUUUUCUCCCAACAUCCUGGAGAACAAAAACAAGCAGUUAUUUAUUUUAGACAUGUUAUAAUCACUAGCUUGUCUAAUAUUACUGCAGUAUUUGUGUUAUGGGAGAUGGUGAUUUCAUACUGAUUAUUAUUUCAUUCUGAUCUUUUAUUAUUAUUAUUAUUAUUAUUAUUAUUAUUAUUAUUAUUAUGUCCUAUUGAAGGGGCAAGUGAUCCCAAAGAGAAAAGGAACGGAUCAAUAAAAUGUAUGCAAUAAUGCAUAGGCAUUUUUGUGUUAAUUAAACAUGUAAAAUACAGUCCCUAACAAAAGUUUCACCCAAACAGUGUUACUCUUGAUGUGAAGUGAACACUGGCGAAUUGAACUCCCAACGUAAUGCACUGACCCCUCAGUAUUAUGAAUUAUUCUGAUACAUUCACCAGGUGAUUGGACCAUACUUACUAAACUCCUACUUGAUAUAUAGUAUUUUCUGUCAAGACAGAAGAGACCUGAAGUGGUUUCUAGGUUGCAAUAUGGUAGCCAAAUUCUCUGUCAAUGUUUUAAUGGUGUCUCCUGUGUUUCCUGGACUUGUUCAGUCUCAACUGCAGGGGGUCAAACCUCCGCCUCACCUGUCAGUGGUGCCCUCACUGACCUCAGUGGUCGUUGCUUCCUCUAAAGGCACUACUGUUCAAAUGGAAAGCAAGCAAAUUAUGUCUAUGCAAAUUUUAUGGUCCUAACUAUGGCACAAUGUAGAUGUUGACAUUUAUGUUGUGGCCAGCAGGGGGCUCAGACUACCUUCACUGUUGACAGCAGCACUGGAAAUGUUGAAGGAAAGGUGGAGUGGGAUGUCUUAUUAUCCUGAAGAAUUGCUCUAAGUUCCAAGCAUUAGCAUAAACCUGGUUUUGCGCCUGUCAGGCCACCUUCACUAACACCAUCUUGUCUAUAUUGCCAACCAAGGGUACGACAGGUGGACUUAAAAUGGUUUGGACGCUGUGCUCACCAAUAAUUAAUGCAAGGCCAUCCAGUGUUGGUUUACUAACACUCUUGAGACAGCUGGGACUGGGUGUAAAGUAGUUUGAUUUGUCUUAUGGAUUUAUGCAUUGGUGAAUAUGACCCAAUGUAUGUUGUAGGAUUGUUGUAAAAUUAAUUUUAAAUCAUUUUAAUUUUCAUUUUAAUGUGUUUAGGUUAGUUCUCUCAUCCUGUCCUUUGUAUGUCUCAUGCUUGUUUUUAUGUUUACAUGAAACCAUUUACAGUUGAGAAUGAAAUAAAUUCAUAGAUGAAGACAGUUGUUGUAAAACUGCAGAAGAGGAAGUUCACAGUGUAUUUAAUAAUUGCAGUUGUGAUGAAUAAUAAAUCAUAAUAUAU